CACGGCGGGGCGAGAGCAGCUCCCGGCCGGGCAGCGGCGACCGCCCGAGCUGCGGGACGGGAGCGGCACGGCACGGCACGGCCCCUCCGGCGGCGGGCGGGAAGGGGCCGGGGGAAGGCGCGCACGGCGCCCCGGCCGCGGGCGGAGCCGCCCGCCCACGCCCAGCGCGGCAGCGGCGCCGCCGGCCCGAGGCUAAGGCGGCGGGGGCCGGACCCGGCGGGGCAGAGGAGGCGGAGGUGCACAGGACCAUGCUGGCCGGGCUGCGCCGGGCGCUGCGCGGCGGCAGGCGGCAGCUGCCGGCGCUGCUGGGCGGGCGGGAUGGCUGCCCGCCGCCCUCGGCGCCUCAGGUGAUGCUCUGGGGGCACACUGGAGGUUGGAGGAGCCGGGAAGGGACACCUUACAGCACGCUGAUGCCAUCUGAUGAAGUAACUAUUAAUUACAGACAUGGUCUUCCUGUGAUAACUCUUAUGCUGCCCACAAGAAGUGAACGCUGUCAGUUCACUGUCAAGCCGGUAGUGACCACUGUAGGAGCAUUCCUGCAGGAUGUGCAAAGAGAAGAUAAAGGAAUUGAGAGAGCUGAAGUCUUUGCAACAGAUGGUAGCAAGGUCUCUGAUGCAACCUUAAUGGAGGUCUUAUUGAUGAAUGACUUUAAGCUUAUUAUCAACAACACAGCAUACAGUGUGUCACCUCCUGUAAAAGAUAAGCUGAGUAGUGAGCAUGCUACUGAAAUGGAAGAUAUCAAAUCCUUGGUUCACAGACUGUUUGUGGCUCUACAUUUAGAAGAUCACCAGAUCAGGAAAGAGAGAGAAUUGCUACAGAGGUUGGACCAUCUGAAAGGAGAGCUGCUGCCUCUUGAACAGAUGAAAGCCCGAAUCAUGGACAGUGCAGAUGCAAAAACCUCCAGGCUUUUAUGGGUUGGCCUAGCCCUGAUGUCAACGCAGGGGGGAGCACUGGCAUGGCUCACGUGGUGGGUCUACUCAUGGGACAUCAUGGAGCCAGUCACGUACUUCAUCACCUAUGGGAGUGCCAUGGCUUUCUAUGCCUACUUCGUUCUCACCAAGCAGGACUACAUUUAUCCUCACGCUAAGGACAGGCAGUUCCUCCACUACUUCUACCGCAAAUCCAAAAAGCAGCGUUUUAAUGUGGAACGAUACAACAAGCUCAAAGACGACCUAGCGGAGGCAGAAGAAUCCCUAAGGCGUCUGCGCCAACCUCUGCACCUGAGGCUUCCCAUCCAGGAAAUCAGUGACAAGGACUGAGUUCGGUUUUGUGUAUCUUGGAGAUGCCCUUUCAAAGCUGAUAUGAACAUUUAGUUACUCCAUAGCACCUGGGUAUUUUUGACCACUGAAGUUUUAAAAGUUGCAAUAAAUAGCUUUAAAAAUGA